CCGGCGUCACAGGCUUGUUACGAGUGUACUUCUCUGACCGAUCUAUCGACCGCAAUAAUUGGUAUAUAUGAGCAAUGUUGGGCAGCAAUUGCUGUCAGGCGCGGCCUCAGGAUUUGCUUCAACAGUCGCUCUUCAACCAUUUGACUUCUUGAAGACACGAGUCCAACAGACCGAUGGAACCCUGAAAUCCAAAGCAGUGAAGAGCCCGCUCAAGAUCACAAGACAGGUGAUUGCGGAAAACGGGAUAUUGGAGUUAUGGCGAGGGACGAAUGCUACGCUCAUCAGAAAUGUCCCCGGAGUGGCGAUUUACAUGUCUGGCCUCACUCAAAUACGGACAUUCAUGGCGUCGUCGCCCUACUUUGCCUCUGUGCAGAAACUUCGCUCAGGUUCUUCGUCACCUGCUCAUUCCCAUGCCUCUGUGCUACCCUCCCUGACUAGCGGCGGUAAUCUCAUUGCCGGAGCCGUGACUCGCGUCAGCGUCGGAUUCGUACUUAACCCCUUCUCAGUGCUCAAAGCCCGUUACGAGAGUAACAUGUACGCGUACACGUCUCUGUCUGGUGCCUUGGUAUCGAUAGUGCGCGGCGGUCCCCGAGAACUCUUCCGGGGCUUCCUUGCGUCCGCGCUACGCGACGCGCCAUAUGCGGGCCUUUUCGUAGUGUUCUACGAAGGCAUCAAGCGAGAAACAUCCUACCUUUUGCCACCAACGUCCUCCGUACUGUCGACCAGCGUGCACAGCAUCUCCGCUGCGUCCGCGGGCGCAAUCGCUACCAUCCUCACGCAUCCCUUUGACGUGAUUAAGACCAAGAUUCAAGUACGGCAGGAAGACCGAUACCAAGGUCUAUGGACGACGACCAAGACGAUAUGGACGCAACGGGGUGUAUUUGGCUUCCUUGACGGGGCCGCUCUCCGACUUUCGCGCAAGGUCCUCAGCUCUGCCAUUGGCUGGGCGGUGUACGAGGGCAUCCUGCUGUUCCAGGUCCGCAUGGUCCACGCCAAAGAAGUCUACGGCAAAUCUGCAGGCUAGAUCACACACGUUUUGACUAACCACUACUAGUUUGUAUGCUUGCAUGGUAAUACUAAUGAACAGUGAACCUUCGCACCCC